GCGGGCGGCGCGGCCUGGCGCGGUGGCUGGCGGCGGCCUCGUGCGCGGCGGGCCAUGGCCAAGAGCCUCAGGAGCAAAUGGAGGAGGAAGAUGAGGGCGGAGAAGAGGAAGAAGAACGCGCCCAAGGAGCUGGAGAGGCUGAAGAAGAUCCUGGGAGCCAACGCGGACGUUGUCAUGGAAGAGGUCAAGGAGGUGGCGACCGUGCUGCCCCCCGAGAAAGUGCUGGAGCAGAGGGAUGACUGCAAAAUGGACUUGGAUAAUAAACGGAACAAAAAAACUCUUCUAGACCAGCAUGGGCAGUACCCGAUAUGGAUGAAUUCCAGGCAAAGAAAGAAGCUUAAGGCACAACGUGUAAAAGGGAAAAAAAAAUCAAAAUUGGCCAAAGGCCUUGUCUGGUAAAAUCAGUUUUGUAAGAUCAUGAAUAUUUUACUCAAUAAAUUUCCCACAUAUUUUGUGCUUGGUCACUGAGUAUAAUUUACUGUGUCGAAUGGAAUGUGAAGAGACUCUUAGGCCAGCAAGUGAUGAAACAAGUAUCAGCUUGGUGUCUCCUGUACUUAAAAAGCGAGAUGAGAACCUUUGAGUAGACUAAUUGUCUGUGGAUAUCUAUUUUCUUAAGGGGGGAGGGUUUUCAUCUUUUAUGUUGUGAACACCAAAAACACUAAAGGAAAUCCUGAAAAUAAUUAAACCAAAUUUUUUUUGUACUGUGGUCUUUGUCAGUAUAACUUCUCUUUUAGUAAACAUAACCAAAGGAUUCUGUAAGCUUACUGUAUCCUUUAAAUCCUUCUGUAAAAUUACUUUUCUUGCUCUGAUUCAUGUUGCUUUUAACAUCUGAUAAUUAGCGACAAUGGACUUUGCGCAUGUAACUUCAAAAAUUUUAUGUGCUGGAGUCAACAACAAGCCUUCAUGAAACUUCUGCAAGUAAAAAGAGUACCAGUCUGACUUUAAUUCACAAAGAGAACAAAAAACAUUUCACUGCUGUUUGCAACAGAAAUAAUGUAGGACCUAAAUAAUUGAAAGUAAGACUGAUUCUUUUAUUAUUAAAAUUAGAGAACGCAAAUGCACAAAAUGGAAAUAAAAUAAAUUUGUUUAAGAUCUUUUCCAAGUUUUAGUAAAAUAAACAAUAAUCUUCCAUAUGUA